AUGGCUUCAAUUAAUUUAUCAGAAAAUUUACUUGUAAUUUGUUCCAGUCAACAUAUUAAUUUAUUUGAACGACAAGAUUCUUUGUUUGAUUAUUCUUUUUUGUCAUCAAUUGAUAUUACAACUAUAGAAGUUAAUUUGAAAGGAAAUAGAAAGAAGAAAACUGAUCAAGAUAAGAUUCUCUGUUCCUCCCUUUCCAACAAUUCAAAAUAUUUAGCUGUUGGCACAACCUCCAAAUUACUUUUAAUAUUUAAUUUGAAUGAAAAUAAAGAAUUAUCCCAACCAUUUUAUUGUGAAUUAAUUAAAGCGCCAACAAAGAUUUGUUUUUUAAAUAAUGAAAGUGUGUUGGUAUCCAAUAGAUUUGGAUCUCUGUUCAAAUUUGAAAUUUCUGAAUCCAAAAUAUCUGAAGGAGUUGAAUUGCUUGGACAUUUUUCUAUGUUGUUGGAUUUUUGUAUUUCUCCAAAUGGCAAAUUUGUUCUGACAGCAGAUAGAGACGAAAAAAUCCGUAUUUCUCGCUUUCCUCAAACUUAUGUUAUUGAAGGAUUUUGUUUUGGACAUUCCUCAUUUGUUAAAUCAAUUGCUUUUAUUGACGAUAAUAAAUUAAUUAGUGGAGGGGGUGAUUCUAUAAUUUAUUUAUGGGAUUUAAAUUUAUUUAAAUGUAUUUCUACAAGCUGUAAAGUUUCUGAGACGGCAAUUAGAAAAGUUGGAGUUGUUGAAAUGUUUGAGGAAGAAAUGUCAAAAGAAGGAAUUAUUUGUUUACCAGACCAAAGUAAUUCAAUUUUAUUAUUUUCUUUAAAUGACCAACAACAAAUAACAAAAAUGUGUUCCUUUAAUUGUUCAAAUGAAAAUGAAUAUAUUUUUGAUUUUGUUGUGGAUGUGGAUAGAAAAAUAGUUUUAUGUGUUGGAAGACAAGGAGUUUAUUAUUUCCAACCAACUACUAUUAAUUUGCCCUCUACAGGACUAACAGAACUAAAAUUUCUACAAUUUUCUCCACCUUUAAACAAUUAUUUAUUAAAUGAAUUAAAUUUGAGUGAAGACCAAUUACCUUUAAAUUCAUUAUAUAAAAUUCCUUUAAAUGGAAAAAAUUUGGAAGAUUAUAAAAAUAGAAAAGAAGAAAAAUUGGGGGAGAAAAAGAAGAAAAUGUUGAAGGAAGAAGAAGAGAAUUGA